AGCUGUGGGCUGGAGUUUCCUUCCACCCCCACAUCUCCUGAUGAAAAGGGGAAGCGGGCUGGGCUCUGGCCACAACUUCUGCUGAAGAACUUCCAACAACAGGUGGGAGAGCAGCAGGCUCAGGGCCCAGGGCUGUAGAAACCCCUCAGUGGGACCGGUUGGGGUGGGGAAGCCUCUGUGCUGGGAACCUCAGCACUCUCAGGCUUCUCAAGGGGGCGGUACCUGGUUGUGGCUGGUUGGAGGAUUCCCAGCCCUCAGGAGAUUGGGGUUAGGGAGCUGAGAUAAGGUUAUUGGGAGUUGAGUGGGAGUCUCCAGAGGCUGAGGGCUGGGUCCUCCAUGCCAGCUGCCCUGAGGUGGGAGUUGGAAAUAGCUAAUACUUAAGCUUACCAUAUGCCAGGUGCUGUUCUAAGUACUUUACUUCAAGUAAUGAUUUUAAUUCUUCACAAUAAACCUGUGAGACAGGUGCUGUCACCCCAUUUUAGGGAUGAGAAAAGAGGUAAGGAAGAUGGCAAAGGUGGGAUACGAAUCCACUCAUUGUGGUUCCAGACUCAUUCUAGCCAUCUUGAGGCCUUGGUGGCCCUUCUGAUAAUGAGCCAGGAGCUGGACUAGGGGCUGGGGAUAGAUUCCCGUCUUCCAAAGGGGUCUGGGGAUCUCAUACCCCCACAUCACUGCUUCCUUCUUCUGCUCUGGUUUCCUGGAAAGUGUGACAGAGGCGCUGUGGUCGGAAGUCCUGCGGUCACGACCCCCCAGGCUGCAGACCCCGCCCGGAUGGGGCCCCUAUGCCUCCUCCUGACUGCGGCGCUGCUCCUGGCCCAGGCGGCGCCUCUGGGGGCCUCCCAGCACUGCGGGCGCCUCAAGUACUGGAACCCUGAUAACCGGUGCUGCGGCAGCUGCCUGCAGCGCUUUGGGCCGCCCCCCUGCCCGGACUUCGAGUUUUCGGAAAACUGCGGGCUCAAUGACUCUGGCGAUCACGUGUCGUGCCCCUUCAAAGAAUAUCCUAUUGGGCAGUGCAACCCCGACAGUGCGGAGCAAUGUAGCCCCUGUGGCGGCGGAGCCACGGCCCCUGCCCCCGCGGGGAGCCGGAGCGGCGAAACACAGUGGCGCUGCAGAGAGAGGUCGGUUCCUCCCAAGGAGCCCUGCCCUCUGAACACUGGGAAACCAAGUGUCCUUAGUUCCCAGGAGCCCAGCCCAUCAGCGACUUCCAGUGUCCGGUGGACAUCUGAGCACAACGUCACUCAGCAGGCCUUGCCGAAUUUUGCCCUGGUUCUGGUUCUCUUGGUGCUGGUUCUGCUGGUGACCUCAGCAGUGAUCCUUCUGCUCGCCCAACGGUGCCACCUCCAGGCAAAAGGCCUCCAUCCCUAUCUUGGCUUGGUCUGUGGCGAUACCAACACCCAUACCCUCUUCUCGCACUCGUCCUCUCCAGGCUCCCUGGAGGCAUCAGAGGCAGGGGCGGGCUGGAAGAUUGCCCUCACCCCUCCAUUUGUCUCCCAGAACUGCCGCACCUGGCAUCGCAGCCCGUCUCGCCUCCUGGAUGAGCUGGAGGUGCCGGAGGAGCUGAUUGUACUGCUGGAUCCUGAGCCUGGGCCGGGUGGGGGGGUGGCCUGUGGCACCACUAGACACCUGGCGGCGAGAUACGGAGUGCCUGCUGCCUGGUCCACCUUCGCCUACUCACUGCAGCCCAGUCACUCACCACUGCGGGCCUUGAUGGAGAUGGUGGUGGCAAGGGAGCCCUCAGCUUCUCUGGGCCAGCUUGGCACACACCUGGCCCAGCUGGGGCGGGCAGACGCGCUGCAGGUGCUGUCCAAACUUGGCUGAGCUGGGACUUGCCCAGCCUAGUCCUCAAUAAAGUUU